GAAUCAUGCAGAUGUUCCAGGCGGAGCUGCAGAAGGUGCUGGAGGACGAGGACCUGCGGAGCCGCCUCCUACUACGGGUGGGGUGGAUUUCGGAGGGUGCCACGGCGCUCUCGCCGGUAUGGCAUUACUAUCGGCGGGAUCCAGAGAGCAAGACCUCCGUGAAGGCCGACCGUCCCCCCUUGACACAGGACCAGGUCCAGGAGUGCGUUGCGACUCUGCUCAGGACGACUUGCCUGCCGGGUGUGCUCCUUCGCUUUCGGUCUACCCGGCCUCUGGGCACACAGACACAGAGCGAAGUUGUCCCGUUUUUGAUCUCAGUGGGGCUUCGAGGCCAGCAUGCUCAGGAGGCGCACACAGCGCUGACACUCCUGUCAGACAACGGCGCGGCCAAGCUCCUGGGGAUGUGCUUUCGCCCCGAGAGAAUGGCGAAAUCGGCCAUGGGCAAGGCCGUGGAGGAAGCCUACCUCCAGACACCCUACACGGAUUGGACACGCCGAUCGUCCACGUGGAACGCGCCAGCUGCAGCACCGGCACAGGAGGGCAGCAGCUAG